AUGCUGCUGCAAGCUCCUCUUUUCUUCUCAGCCAUCGCCACGGCGUUGCUUGUCCCGGAACCAACAGGCCCCUUUUCCGUCGCCAUGAGGGUUCAGGCCCUUACUGACACGAGCAGGCAUGACUCCCUGGAUCCAACAGGCAAAGCCCAAACUCGACGGGUGCUCAUCUCAAUGUUUCUUCCGAUUGAGCGGCAAGGUGAUGCGUGCCCUAUCAAAACCGUCCAGUACAUGACGCCCUCCGUGGCGGCUGCCUAUGGCAAGGAGGCCGUAUUGGCUGGCCUUCCCAGCGACUUUUUCCGCUCCUUUGAGCUCCAGAUUUGCGACCUUGCGAGAAACCCUGGCUACGGACGGCAACAAAACGAGGGUCGCGCAUAUCCUUUGGUAUUAUAUACUCCCGGACUCGGACACUCGCGGCUGAUAUACGGGGCCAUGGCCAGGUCAUUGGCCAGCCAGGGCUACGUUGUCGUGACUGUCGACCAUCCCUAUGAUGCCAAUUUAGUCGAGUUUCCGGACGGCAGGGUGGUGCUUGGAGCCAAUAUCUCGGACGAUGACCCGAUUGCUGUCGGAAAAGUCGUUCAAAUCCGCAAUGACGACUUGUCGUUUGUGCUCGAUCAGCUUCACGACAAGUCAGUGCUUGAUAACCUUGUCGCCAAUUUCCCUGGAACCAUCGACCUCGGCAAGAUCGUCGUCUUCGGCCACUCCCUUGGUGGCGCUGCCGCCGCCGCCCUAACACGGUCCGAUCAUAGGGUUCUUGGAGGAGUAGACCUGGACGGGAUGCUGGUCGACCCCAUCAAGUCCCUGGGAUUGCGGAAGCCGUUCCUGCUUGCUGGACGAGUAAAUCACAGCACCACGGACCAUACGUGGAAUGAGUUCUGGCCGCACCUUGACGGACGGCGCAUGGAACUGGCCAUUAAAGGCACGGCGCACGGCUCCUUCUCCGAUAGACCUAUCCUCCUGAGUACUCUGAAGCUCCCUGAGAAAGCCAGGCAGGAAGUCGAGAAGGAGUUGGGCACGAUUAAUGCGAAAAGACUGGACGAGGUGCUGAAUGGCGUGCUGACAAGCUUUUUCGACCUUGCGCUCUACAGAGAAAAGAACCGACUUGGCACAAUCAACCGCACUUUCCCCGAAGUUUUCAUUCAAAGGAGUCAUUUGUGA